AGUUCCUACCAUGUCAAAAGUCUCAGGUACAGAUUUUGUUCCAGGUACGGUUCAUUUGGUGGACAUAGAUGGAGACUUGGAUGUCAAAAAACUGAUGGGGUCCGUUAUCUUGCGACCAGCCCCAUCUUCUAAUCCCAACGAUCCCUUGAGAUGGAGCAAGUUCAAGAAAUUGAAGCAAUUCUUCCUCCUUUUCUGGUUGGCAACCUUCUUGGCCAUCACCGUCAACUGGAGUGGGCCUGCAUGGACAUUGUGGACCAUCGAAUGGAACUGUACGUUUGACCAGUUGAACAUCUCAUCGGCCUUAUGUUUCCUCUUUUUGGGGGUGGGAUGCUUAUUUUUGCAGCCCACCGCCAUGAAGUUGGGUAGACGGUUUGUGUACUUGUCAUGCACGGUGAUAAUGAUUGUGGCCAACAUCGUGGGUGCCACUUGUGAUAACGUGCAAACCUAUUACGUGGUGAAUAUUCUUGCUGGCUUCGCAGCCGCUCCAUGCGACUCUUUGGUGGAGAUUUCCACCACCGAUGUAUUUUUCCAGCACGAAAGAGCCACGUACCUCUCGUGCUUUAUCUUGGCUCUUUACGUGGGUUCUGACGUUGGUCCUGCCAUCUCCGGAUUCAUUAUUGACACCAUUGGCUGGAGAUGGUGUUUUUGGUUGCAGGCAAUCAUGUUUGGGUGUAUUUUGGUGGUGGAGGUCUUUUACAUGGAAGACACCACUUUUAGAAGAGAUGCCGGGAACGACGACCUGUUGGAGAACGAGAUCUUGGACCAGAUCAAGUCCCGGGAGUCUAAAGACCCUACAGGUGUUCACCACCAUGAAGUUGAAUCCGAUUUGCAGUCUAUUGAUGAAACCAUCCCCAUCAGAACAUACAAAGAAAGAAUGACAUUAUAUACCACCGUGUACAACGACACACGGUCGUGGCUCUGUAUCUUCUACCGUCCCUUCUUCAUGAUAAGUUUUCCGGCGGUGAUUUGGGGUGGUGUGGUGUAUGGGGCUCAGAUGAUGUGGUUGUCAUUAUUGGCCACCACCCAGUCAGAAAUCUACUCGGUGUCUCCAUACUACUUCAGUGCAUCUAUCACUGGGUUGACCAACUUUUCGCCCAUGGUGGGAUCUAUUCUUGGGAUGAUGAUGGGUCCAGUGGUGGAUAAGGUAACGAUUUACUUGACCAAGCGUAAUGGUGGAAUCAUGGAACCUGAGUUCAGAUUGUACAUGAUGGUGUUGCCAUUGAUAACCAAUGCCGCGGGAUUGGUGGCGUACGGGAUCGGGUCGGUCAGCUCACUGCCGUGGCCAGUUUCGGUGAUUGUGGGACAGGGGUUCUUGGGAUUUGCUAUGAGUUCGAGUGGUACCAUCUGUUUGACCUAUGUAAUUGAUUGUUACCAUGAUAUGGCCAGUGAGGGAUUGGUUCUCAUGUUGUUCAUGAGAAAUGUGAUUGGAAUGGCCUUCACAUUUGCCAUCCAGCCGUGGUUGACCCGCGAUGGCUUGAAGGUGACCACCUGGAUCAUGUUUGCGUUAUCGGUGGUGAUCAACGGGUCGUUCCUCUUGAUGGUAUUGUGCGGUAAGUCUUUCAGGCGAUGGACCGCCAACUCGUACCAUAAGUACUCAAAGCCCGAUUUUGGCGAGCUUUUUAAACGUUAGUUAAACUGAAUAUAAAUUACUGGGU